AUUGAAUAGCCUAAUUUAUACGUGUAAAAUUAACAUAAUUAUUGGCAAACGUUUUUAGUAUGAUGUUACGGUCAAAAAGGAAAUCAAAAUCCCCAUAUGCCAGGCCAACACGUGCACCGGCCGCCGCCAGAAAAGCAGUGUCAGUCAGUAAUAGCAACCGCCAGACACCUGAUGAUGCUGACCCCCAGGCAGUAGCAAAGGCAACGGAAUCAUUGAAUUUGGAUACCCACUCUGAUGGCAGUGGUCCAGCGUUACAUCAACCACUCAUACUUGGACCUUCAUCGUCAAUGGCAGCCCAUUCAUCAGGCUCUUCACACAUCUGGAUAGUAGGAUCUUCAAUCAUAAGGAGGGCCCAGGAUUACUGCAAUCAGUCAGCAAUUGGUUCAAAUUUGUCUCUGGAAUCCUUAAAUGUCACCGUGAAUUGGUCUGGAAGGGGCGGACUAAAAUGGGAAGAACUUGACGAUCAUAUCUCACUACUGCUUCAGGAGCAUGGCACCCCACCUCGUGUAUUGAUCAUUCACUGCGGUGGUAACAGUAUUGGGCUUGUGUCACUUAAAAAACUUCAGUUACAAAUGAAAUCACUCAUGGGUUAUUUACACCAAAAAAUGUCAAACACUUUGCUGGUAUGGUCAAACAUACUUCCCCGAAAAUAUUGGCUGCACAUGAUAUCAAGCAUAGCAGCAGAGCAGGCCAGAAUACGAAUAAAUAGCUCCUUGGGGUCAUUUGUUUGUAAAAAGCUCAACGGGGCACUAAUACGUCAUCCAGAUAUUGAUAUCAACCAGCCGAAGUUAUUCCAAGAUUAUGUUCAUUUAUCGAAACUUGGUAAUUUCUUAUUUACAAAUACCAUAAAAACUGCCCUCGUUAAGUUCCUGACAACAAAACAAAAUGUCUACCCGUGCAUUUAAUUCGGCGGUAUCUGUUUAUGGUCGUCCAAAACUUUGUUUAAUUUGAACAAACCUACUGCCCCCUAUCAACCCGUUUCAACUUCUCUAUCCAUUCCCUACUUAUAUGCACGUGUAUUGGAGACAGUGUGCAUCCUCAUAAUGUGUUGGUUUGCUAAUUCAAAAUAUUAUUGCUAUUCGUCUUGAUUGAAAAAGACUUGAAGUGUUUGU